AUGUCCGUCCCACAACAACAGGACAGGGCACAAGACCAAUUGCUUCUUGCCCAUUUGCCCUCAGCUGGGAAGACUGGCCAAGAAAAGGAAGCGGCAGAGUUGCCGGCUUGGCUGGGCUUGCAACGUCAUGACGUUCUCGCACCCACGCGUCUGCUACGGAUUUGCAAGCUAAUUCUCCCGAUGCACCGGCUGGGGCAGGAAAAGAGCGGGUGA